AUGAGUUCAGACAAGAAAAUCAAAGAGCCUUUCUGGCUGGGUGGUGCGGCGGCUUGCAUGGCUGUUUGCUUCACACAUCCUUUGGAUCAAACAAAAUACAACUCCUCUAUGCUAAAUGUUCUAUAUGGUUUCGCUGCACGAGAUGGCAUCCCCUCACUCUGGACCGGUCUAUCUGCGUCCAUUCUCCGUCAAGGAACAUACUCGACUGCUCGCUUCGGUUUUCACUCCUAUCUCUCAGAUAAACUUAGAGACUACACUGGCAAGAAGCUAUCAGUUACACAGAACAUCGCCUGCGCAGGUAUUGCAGGUGGUGUUGCAGGCCUAGUAGGCAAUCCAGCUGAGGUUGUUCUCGUCCGCAUGUGUGCAGAUGGCGCAAAAUUACCUGCGCAGCAAUUCGGGUACUCGCAUGCUUUUGAUGCGUUGGCGAGGGUGUAUAGUGAAGAAGGCAUGAGAGCGUUCUGGAAAGGUCUUGCGCCGAACAUUGCGAGAAGUGCUUUGAUGAAUGUUUCUCAGAUCGCCACUUACGCUUCCGCUAAGCAAUACCUCCUUGGCAUCGGCUUCGGUGAUGAUAUCAAGACACAUUCCAUGUCUUCCCUGGCGGCUGGAACCAUGGCCACUACACUCUGUGCUCCAGCAGAUGUCCUUAAAAGUCGAAUGCAAGCCAGCGCCGGAAAAGAAGGCUUGGCUCAAGUUUUGGCCACUGGUCUUCGAGAACAGGGCCCACGGUUUCUCAUGAGAGGCUGGACACCCGCUUGGUUAAGACUCACACCGCACACUGUUUUGACUUUUGUUUUCAUGGAGAAGCUUCGUCUCCUUACUUCGUUUGACUGGUUGGGCACUGUUACCUCGACCGAGAAGGAAGCACUGCGUUGA